GAUCUUCAUCGCUCACCUGUUCAUCAACGGCAGUCGGCCGUCCACAACACCCACAACGGCGCACAUACAUCUGAAGCAUGUCACUGUGGGUCGUGGGCACCUUGGCGGGCGCGUUGACUGGCGGUGUGAUGUACCAAGCGUUCUCGUCAUCCAUCCGAACGAGGGCGAACAACGUCUCGAACGCACUGCAUGGAUGCUCUGUAGCCAUGGCUGAUCCUCUGCCACCGGGUCCCGUCCCAGCCUCACAGCGGAUCGAAGAGCGGCCCUUCACAGAGCUGCUUAAGCGCAAAUGGAAUGAAGAGAUCGAGAGCGCAUGGGUUGCGGCUCUGCAUUACGACUAUGCUGGACUUUGGAGUCGGACGAAGGGGUAUUCGCGUGAGCUGAUAGAGCGGGCAAAGUCUUCCUCGUCGUCCGCUUCAUCAUCAUAGAUGUACAUAUCCAUUCUCAUAAUUGAAAACAAUAUCCGGCACACCCUCGCCGCUGUGUUCAUAUAUGCCGACACCAGUCUCCGCGUGUCCGAUGUCCGCGACAUAGACUUGUCUCAGCCAUCCAGCGUCAGUGUCGUGCAAUGUCGCGGGCUGGCUGUAUGCUGCUAUUGGCUGUCUUGUGUUGGAAAGGUGCGUUCCGACUCAAACUGGCCAAGAUAAGAGCGCGUUCACCCAUAUAAAGCGGAUCAGUCAAUGCCAGCUCCCUUCAGAACCGCUUGUUUGAUACAGCCUUC